UUUACGAAGCGGACGACGGACAGUCGGACAGAUACAGUAAUGAAAUUGAAAAUUGAUGUGUGUACUAUGACGUGAUGUGACCGAAUCGAAUGUUUUGAUUUUUAUAAAAACUUGUAAAAAAGUAACGACUAUUCAUUAUCAUUCUGUGUUAUUUAGCUUUAAGUGAAAAAGUGUUUACAGUGACAUCAACUUUUUCUAUUGCUUGCUAGCAAGGGAUUGUUGAUCGAUUGUGUGAUAAUAGUUUAUUCUGUUGACCUAAUUAGUUUUUGAAAAUGGGUAAUAAGGAGGAUUAUUUGACAACGUACCGGGUGUUUUUUGAAAACUUUGCGGCGACAGUGAAUCCUGAGGACCAGCUCCCCGUGAAUAUCGCGGGCUAUACCAUCACGGAGAGCGAGCUGCCGGGCGAAGUAUUGUAUUGGACCACCCAGUAUUUAUCAGAGAAACAAUGUCCCUCGGCACUAUUGACCCCGCUGCUGCGGAUAAUCCUCGACGAGGUCCGCGUGGCGGCCAAGAAACAACCCGCAGAGUUUGGAUAUAAAGCCGACGAGUCUGUUUACGUAGCCCUCCGCCUAAUGCAAGCCGUAACCGCCCGCGUCAACGACGUAUGCCUGCGCUACUUGGACAACUCGCGGCUGGACUCGCUGCCGCCGCCGCCCGCGUCGCACCUGCAGGAGCUACGCACGGUGUCGGCGGCCACCAAGAACUCCAGGCGCGUCAUGGAGGACAGACACGUCGAGAUCGGGAACUUGGAGGCGCUGUUCGGUAUUGAGUGCACAAAGCCAACGGCCUUCUACGCCGUGUACGACGGGCACGCCGGCUCAGCCGCGGCCACCUACUGCGCCGCGCACCUACACCAGUACCUGGUCGAGAGCCCGCACUACGCCACCGACCUCCGCAAGGCACUCAGAGACGCCUUCCUUCGCACAGAUAAUGACUUCAUCAGGAAGAGUAACCAAGAACGAGCGUGCGGCGGCAGCACGGCGGUGGUGGUGGCGGUGCGCGGCUGCCAGCUGCACGCGGCGUGGGCCGGCGACUCGCUGGCGCUGCUCGCCAAGCGCAUGCGCCUCAUGCAGCUCGUGCGCCCGCACAAGCCCAGCCGACAGGACGAAAAGGAUCGAAUACAAGCGGGCGGCGGCGCCGUCAUGUUCUGGGGCACGUGGCGCGUCAACGGGCAGCUCGCCGUCUCCCGGGCCAUCGGCGACGCCAUGUACAAACCCUACGUGACCGCACGACCAGAGCUCGCGACCGUGGACCUAGACGGAGAUGAAGACUUCGUCGUCGUGGCCUGCGACGGGCUGUGGGACUUCGUCAGCGAAGACGAGGUCGCGCUCGCCGUGUACAGACAGCUGGCGGCAGAUCCAGAUGACUUGAAGGCAGUGACGAAGCGGCUGAUAGUGCAGGCGAAAAGGCAGGGCUCCUGCGACAACAUCUCCAUAAUCGUGGUGUUCCUGAAGGACCCGCGCGACAUCGCCGCCGACAACCGCCCGCCCAUGGAUCUUGGGCUGGACAACGCGUUGGUGAACGCGUCGUUGCCGCCGUUUGCCGUGGACGCGGACGCCAAGCACCACGGCAUGGACGGCGCGGCGGCGGAGUGCGGUGAGCCAGAGGGCGAGCUGGCCGAUAACGGAGUCGACAACUCGGACAGUGACAGCGAGGAUCUCGGCCCGGAGACCGCGGUCGACGCGGACGAUCUGGACGCGGAGGCCAGGAACCACGUCGCACCGCCGACACCUCCAGCUCACACAGUGGAGGCUAGCCACAUCGACGGUGCCCUGGCGGAUAAUGUAGGUGAGAGCGGCGAGGAGUCCGAAGACGAGUGGAACUACUUCAAGGGAGAGGGCGAGCGCUCGGAGCAGCAGCGAAGCGAGCCUGACGGAGACGAACAGGACGAGCCGCCGCGCUCAGAGACGCCCUGUCAGGACAAUUCUGCCUGGGAAAGCAGUUCAGUCGACAUGAACAGCUCCCCCCUCAACCCAGAUGCCCCGGUGUUUGUGCCCGGCACAGUAGCCGGAGCAGACAUCCUCUUAGCCGAGUCCCCGCGCAAGCCACAGCCAAUGGACGACAUUGAGCUGCCAGAUGUUCAACAGUUUGAGACAGAAGUGGUUCAGCGGCCGGCUGAGUUGCUAGACUUGGAUAAUUGUGAUCAGUUAAAUGGACACCACAAUGUAUCAAUUGAUGGAAUAACAGAACAAUUGAAUGGGAAUGAGAAGAACACCCUGGACAGUCUCGGCUUUGGAUUCAGUGUGGGCAUGGAGCCUGACAAGGCAAAGGAUAUCAGUCUAAUUCAGGACUUCGACAGAAUACAGAAAGACACCACUGAUUUCUGUAAUAUACAGGUAUUCCAAGCACACUCUGAAACAAACCCGUUCGCAUCAGACGACAAUGAAGAGUUACUAGAGAGACUGAAGAGCAAAGAGCGAGACCCGAUGAGCAUGAGCUUCUACCAGGAGAAGGACGACGACACCUGCGAACGCCUGCUUGAUGGGUCCGUCGACCUCAACGCCGUGCAGCCGCUGCCCGACGCCGACGACGACGACAACGACCACCACGACAACAAGGAGAACGUCAGGCCCUUCCCCGACAACGACCACCCCCUACCCAACAACGACCAAUUCGAUCAGGGUGCUAAUUUCAUGGACUACGUCAACAACUCGAACAACCUACAAAAUUUCCCUAAUAUAGAUCUACAAAUCGACCACCCGCCCCAAGAUAACGUCAUGCAGACGGACACGCCCGAAUCUCACAAGCUCCUGUUCGAGCAGAUUCCCGAAAUACCCGACGGCAAGAGCUCCGAAUUAGGUUUCAAUGAGGAUAUUCAGGAUCUUUCGGAUCGAGCGAUCACACCACAGGAGGAAACGUCACAGGAUGUCGAAAUGGAGUGUAAAUUGGAGACUCCUUGCGAGCCCGCUUCUCGCCCCGAGUCAGCCCAGGAACCCCCACAGACACAAAACGUAAUCGUAGAGGCGGAACACGCUCCUUUCGAAGAGUUCUCUCACCGACCGGAACAUACCGAUAAUCUAUUGGAAAACGACGUGCACGAAUCACACCCUAUUGAAAAUCACGAGCAUUCCAACGAGCACCUGUCGCCGUCCCCCGCGCCCGCCGACCGCGGCGACGUCACCCCGGAGCCGGCGUACGAGCUCCAAGAGAACGUUAAGGCUGAAAUACACAACUACGACAGGAUCGACGACCACUUCGACGCCGUCGCACCGCCCGAGGACAUGAUCGAGCCCCAGGACGCGGAGACGCCACACGACUUACACGAGGACGUCGACCUACUGUCGGCCAACGCCCACGAGAGCGAGACGACCGCGUCGCCGCUACCCAGCGAGGCGCCGCUGUCGCCCGCGCCGCACCACGACGAGCUGCUCGCCGCCUCCCCGCUGCCUGCGCCGCACCACGAGCAGCUGCUCGCCGCCUCCCCCGCGCCCGCGGAGACUGAUCUCAUCUCAAAUCUCGCAGCCGAGUCACCCGCACCGUCGCCGCUCCCGACAGAAGUCGCCCGCUCGCCGCUUCCGACUGAAAUCGUCCGGUCGCCGCUUCCUACCGAAGACGUUCGCUCGCCGUUCCCGACCGAAGACAGUCGUUCUCCGCUCCCGACCGAAGACGCUCGCUCGCCACUCCUAACCGAAGACAGUCGUUCUCCGCUCCCGACCGAAGACGCUCGCUCGCCACUCCCGACCGAAGACAGUCGUUCUCCGCUCCCGACCAAUGACGCUCGCUCGCCGCUCCCGGCGGAGGUGCCGCUCCCCAGCGAGCCGUCCCUGCCGUCCGAGUCUCCCCUCCCGGCGGCGUCCCCGCUGCCCGUCGAAUCGACUCUCCCCGUAGAGUCUGAGAUUCCGAGGGAAUCCCCGCUGCCGGUGGAGAUCGAGCCGCCGAGCGAGUCGCCCGCGCCCGAGGCCGCGGGUCCCGCGGAGUCGCCGCUCCCCGCCGAGCCGGAGCUGCGGCCCGAGACCGCGUCGCCCAUGGCCGCCGCGCCGUCGCCCGCGCCGCCCGUCUGCGACCGCCUCACGCCCGAGCUGCCUCGCGAGGAGACCGCCGCAACGCCCCUGGAGGACCGAACGCGGACGCCCGAGGCCGCCUCCGGCCCCGCCCCCGACAUCGUCCCCGAGGAGCGCACCGAACAAUCACACAGAGACCUCAUCACGGAUAUAGACAUCGGCAUUCCCGAGUCGCACGCGCAGGAAAUCUGCGUCCCCGUCACGAGCGAGAUCAUCGACGAGGCCGUACAGCUGCCCGCCGGCACGCCGCCGCCGACGCCCGCAGUCGACUUAGUCGCGCCGCCACUCGAGGCGCCGGUCGCCGGGCCCGCCGACGCCCCUCUCGCGGCCGCGGCCGCCGCCGCCGCCGUAGGAGCGGCCGCCGCCACAGCCGUCGCCGCGACCGCCGCCGCGGCCGCCAAGGCGAAGACCCCCGCGAAGAAGACCGCUGCAUCCCUCGCCCCCAAAACGACCGCAACCCCCAAAUCUGCGACGAAAGCGGCCGCGCCCUCCUCCGCCGGCAAGAAGCCCGCGACCGCGCCCGCCGCACGCCCCGCCGCCUCCCGGCCGUCACUCACCAAGUCCCCCGCCGCCCCCGCGGCCGCAAAGUCGAAAGCGACGACGACCUCGACGGCGGCCAAGCCCUCGUCUCGGCCCGCCGUCAAGAGCUCGUCUUUGCCCGCAAAGGAGCCGCCGGCGGCCGCCAAGCCCACCGCGCCGCGCGCCGCCCUCGUGCCCCGCUCGGCGCCCAAGGCCCCCGCCGCGGCCGCGCCCCGGCCCGCCGCGCCGCGCGCCGCGCCGGCCGCCCGCCCCGCCACGGCGCCCGCGGCCCGCGCGCCUCCCAAGCCCGCCGCCCCGGCGCCGCGUCCGGCCGCGCGCCCCGCGCCCCGCCCGGCGCCCGCGCCCGCCAAGCCCAAAGAGGUGAAGCCGGCCGAGAAGAAGCCACUCACGAACGGCGACGCGAAGGCGCCGGCCCCCAUCAAGAGGGUGCCGAUAGCCGCGCGGCCCGCGCCGCGCCCGGCGACCGCUCCCGCGACGGCACCACCGGCCCCCAAGGCUGCCGCGCCCCGGGCGCGCGCGCUGGACAAGCAGAGCAAGGACCUCGCCAACAAGCGCAUCACCGCCAAGGCCGCGCCGCCCAGGACUGCCCCCGCUAAGACGGCUCCCGCAAGCAAGACAUCAGCAGUGAAGAGCGUGCCCAAGAAGCCGCUGUCGAAGGCCAGCAACGGGCUCGUGAACGGCGCCGGCGCGGGCGCGGGCGCCGAGCUGAAGCCGCCGCCGUCGCCGCCGGCCGCCGACAACGCGCUGCUGCCGGACGUGAUCGCGUGAGCGCGGCGUCGCCGACUGCUCGCGAAGGCUCGACGUUAAGGUUCACUCAGGCCGCCCGCGGUGGCGGGAGCCUCGAUCUCGGAACGCCCCAGUGAUCGAUUCCUAUUAUUUCCGCUUGAAUUUUGUGAUUUUCUAUAAGUGUAUGAUAGUUGACGCGUUAGGUGCGGGAACAUGUUCCCGGGGUAUAUUAGAGUCGCUUUAUAGACGUACGUCGCCGGUUCGUUACGCGGGCCGAACCCCGCAACGGUUAUUAUUCAUUAUUAUGAUAUGAGUCUGUUUUUAGAAUUUUAUAUUACCAACGAAUGAUUGAUUUAAAAUCUGGCUUUUAAUUUAUUAUCUUUGUAUAACCGUAUUAUUUAAAUAAAAAACGUGAGGAAGGACUGA